UCACCUCACAGCAAGAAGGUAACUGGUUUGAGUCCCAGCUAGGUCAGUUGGUUUGUUAAUUUGCUGUAGCAUAUAAGAGUGUGUGUGAAUGCAAGAGUGUAUAGGGGUUUCCCAGUACUCGGUUGUAGCCGGAAUUAAUCAUUUAAUUAUUACAAUUUUAAAGGCCUUCCUGGAAUUGUAAAUUGUGUGUGCAUGAGAAGAAGUUCAUCUUACAGCAGUUCAAGCCUGAGUUCUAGUGAGUUUCCUUCUGCUUCAUCAGAAAGGACACUGUAAAAAAAAAAACCUAAACACCAUAGUGUCUGAGGUGUGAUCUCUCAUCGCAGAAAAUGCAACAAAAAAUUCCUCCACUUUAAGGAUACAGUGAAGCAUCAGCUCUAUGUUUGGUUUAAUGUGUUUUGUUUCACAUGUUUUUUCCUGUUUGAUUGCACUUUACUUCACACUGUUGUACUUCGUUAAUUGUCAAUUGAAAAAGUUGAAAAUUACAGUUUUCAAGCAUUCAAAAUCCAUGCAUUUAUUUGUGUUUGUAAUGUACUUUUACAGCAUAUUUGUAAUAUAAUUUAAAUACAUUUCUGAAUGAUGUUGUUAAUUGUUGAAAUAAAGUAGGUCUUGUAGUACUCUGCAAAUGUAUAGAAAGUAUAGUAAUAACACAAUGUAAAAUGUUUAAUGUAAAGCUUAAAAUAUUCUUCUACUAGGCUUAAAAUAUACUUUAACUAGUUUUAAAUUGCACUUUAGGUGUGCUUAAAUUAUACUUCAUCACAACUUAAAGUAUACUUCAACUGGGGUUAUACUAUACUUUAAUGCACUGCAGCUGGGCUGAAAAUACACUUUAUCUAAACUUAAAAUAUACUUUAACUGUGUUUUAAAUAUACUUUAACUGUAUUUCAAGUACAUAAUUUAAAUGUACUUUAAAUAAAAUACACUUUUAAAAGUACACUUUAAUUGUACUCAAAGUAUGUCCAUUUUAACACAACUAAGUAUGUUACAACAUAUUUUAAGUAGCUUAAAGUUAAUCUUAAGUAUAUAUAAAGUAACAAUAAAUAUGCUUGAAGUUGUUCCAAAAUAACACACUUAAUAUACACUUAGUAUAGUACAAUUAAAGUAUGAUAAGUAUGUCUUAAAAAGUACAACUUAAGUACACUUUCUUUUCACCUGGGAACAUCUAAAGGUUAUGUUCAUUUUUGUAAAGACAGUUUACACCUCUGAGCUGAAUAUUAAACCCUGUACCCUGUGCACAGUGAUUAUACUAAUAGAUUUCAGGUUUCUUUUAUUGAUCAGCUUAUUGUUUUCUUUUCCUCUUAGCAUCACAAUCAGAAAAAGGCUUUAAAAAGCUAAUCGAGAUCUAUCAGUCUGAUAACACUGACCAUCGGAAAACAUCAACACAAUCAAGCAGCAAAACCAUGGAAAGAGACUUUUACAGCCGAGAGACCUUAAAUGUUGCCCAUAAAAUAAAGAACUACUGGAACAGUAAAAUAUCAGGUGGCAGCAAUGAAACCCUGCUUAUCUAUAAACUUUACCUGAAAGAAAAAUGGCAAAACAUAGAUGGAUCCUUCAAAAGAUACACAUUUGGGGAAAACAUCACAAAAGAGAGCAAGACUAUUAUGAUGAUCGGAGCCACUGGUGCAGGAAAAACCACUCUCAUUAACAGCAUGAUCAACUACAUACUGGGAGUGAAAUGGGAAGAUGAUUUCCGGUUUGUGCUGAUAGAUGAAGGACAGCAGACAUCCCCGGCUGAAAGUCAGACAUCAGAGAUCACUGCAUAUAAAAUUAAUCAUAUGGAUGGUUUCCGAGUUCCAUAUUCUCUGACUAUUGUGGACACACCAGGUCUUGGAAAUACCAGAGGAAUUAAACAAGACCAGAAAAUCACAGCUCAGAUUCGGGAGUUCUUCUCUGCCCGUGGAGGAAUCGACUGCAUUGAUGCUGUGUGUUUUGUAGUUCAGGCUUCACUUGCCCGCCUGACACACACACAGAAAUAUGUCUUUGACUCCAUUCUCUCCAUAUUUGGGAAGGACAUUGCUGAAAACAUCAUGGUGAUGGUCACCUUUGCAGACGGGAAAAAACCUCCAGUUCUGGAGCCCAUCAAAGUCUCUGAGGUUCCUUGUUCUACAGAUGAGUCUGGAGAGCCACUUCACUUCAAGUUUAACAACUCUGCUGUGUUUGCACACAAUAAUAAAUCUGCAGAGGACGAAGACUCUGACUGUGAAAACUUUGACCAAAUGUUCUGGAAGCUGGGAUUUUCUAGUAUGCACAAGUUCUUCACAUCCCUCAGCAAGAUAAAAACACAGAGUUUAACUCUGACACGAGAGGUCCUGAAAGAGAGAAAGCAGCUUGAGGUGCUUGUGGUAGGCCUGCAGCCGCAGAUCAAUGCUGCUCUGACAAAACUGGAUGAAAUAAAGAAGACAAGAGCUGCUCUGAAGCAACACAUGCUUGAGAUGGAGGCAAACAAGGAUUUUGAAUAUGAAGUAGAAGUAACUGUCCCAAAACAGAUUGAAAACCCCACUGGCUACUUCUUGACCAACUGUCAAACGUGUCACUUCACAUGUCAUGAUACAUGCACUACUGCAAAUGACCGUGAUAAACACAAGUGCAGUGCAAUGAAAGAUGGAAAGUGUCGGGUCUGUCCUGGAAAGUGUGUCUGGAAUGUUCACUUCAAUCAGAAAUAUAAAUGGACUUAUGUCAAAGAAAGGAAAAAGGAAACCUAUCAGGAUUUAAAAAAGCGAUUUGAAGAAGCAAAUGGAGAGGUCAUGACCAAAGAAAAGAUCUUUGCAGAGCUUGAAUAUGAGCUUGAGGUUGUCCAGAAAAUUGUCACUGGACUAAUUGGUGACUCUAAGAAGUCUUUGGAGCGUCUGCAGGAAAUCGCCCUCAAGCCCAAUCCUCUGUCCACCCCUGACUACAUCGAUCUGAUGAUUGAGUCCGAGAAACAAGAAGCCAAGCCUGGAUUUACAGAUCGCAUUCAGUCUUUAAUGGAGGUCAGGAAGAAUGCAGAGACCAUCAGUAAGAUUCCUACAGGAGGAGCGAUUGCUGAUAAUUUAAAAAUUUAUAAAUUUGAUUCCAUUAAUUCAAAGACCCUGUUCAGUCAAACAAUGAAGUAUGUUCAAGACAAAAUCCAAAGACAUUCAUUCAAAGAAAAAGUGUCCAAUGCUUUUUAGUAAGAGGUAACACUUUAACCCCUUAUCUGCCCCUGAGAUGAUCAACUUUGAUUAAAAUUAGGGACAGCUUAUUCCCGCUCAUUUAUGCAAAGGUAUAGUACUAUAAUACAUUACUAACUCUUAAUAUCAUAUUUAUAUGUAUGAUAUCAUAAUUACUUAUCACUUAAUCAUUCAGUUAUUAGUUAUUUAGUUACUAGUUAUUAGUUAUAUAAUUAUUUUUAAUAAUUCAUUUUUUGUAAAUAAUUUAUUACAUACUGUUGAUGUCAUCGAUUCUACCAACACUAUUUUACAAAUAAAUCUACUCAAAGUUCUGGAAA